AAACUCACACACACAAGAGAGACAUAUCUCACUGCUGCUCUCUCACACACACAGAAGGAAAGAAAGAAAACAGGGCCAACAUAAAAAAAGAAGUUGUGAAGCUCAGAAGACGAAAAGAGUGUAGAAGAAGAAAUAAGAAGUGAAAGAAAGAUGGCAAUUGGCAAGAACUCCAGGAAAAGCUCUGUGCGGAGCUCCGUCCGGGCCCCAAAGUUCCUGGAUAAAUCCAAUGGCUUCUACGGUCGCCUUGAUGAGCCUGAGGUCACCGGAGAUGUGGAGGAGGUGAUGGGAAAAGAGGUGGAGGACAGCAACAGAGAAGAGGGAGUUGUGAGCAACCUGAGCCUGAGUGUGGUGCAUGUUUCAGCGGCGGAUGAGAAGGAAGAAGCCGAGGUGUUUGGCUUCAAUGAAGGGAUGAUGGAAGACGACGUCGAGACUCUCCUCCAGAGGAAACCCAGUCGGCGCAGCAGCAGGUGGAGGAGAAGCUCCAGGAGGAAGCAAAAGGAGGGGAGAGCCGAGGGGGACGCAGCCCGAGAUGAGAGGCCCAGCGUGGGCACAGAGACUCCAGUUGAGCCCGACGUCCUGGAGGGUACUAAGGUGAUGAUCGAGGUGGAGAUGGAGAAAAUGAAGAAGCUGGAGGAAGAGAAGAAGGUCAUUCACUUUGCGGCCCGCGAGGAUGCGGACGACCAGGUCCUGAUCAGAGACAAGAAGAGGGGGAGAGAUGAGGAGGGAGAGGAGGAGAGCAGGAUGAAGAAGGAGCAAGAGGAGGGGAUGAAGAUGGUAAAGAGGAAGAAUUAUCGCAAGGCCUUGGACCGAGCCCUGCGUCGCGGCUGGGAGGCCUUCAUCACCAACCUCUACAGUGUCACGCUCACGCCUGUGACAUCAUCCUCGCCUUCGCUGCAGAAGAAACAGCAACACAGCUCGGUGUUGGCUGAGCUUAGGUAGAAGUCCAUGGAUGAUUCAGUGAAACCCUUAAUGAUGCUAAACAUCGUGACAUUCACCAUGACAUCAGUGGAGACUUUUACAACCACAUGAUGUCAUGGCAUUGAUUAUUUAUGUUAGUUACUGAGUCUUAAUUACUCAUAAAGUUUACUGCCUUGUCUCAUCAUGGUGCACAUUAAUUUACACGCAGACUUCAGGUAUUCAGUUGUAUAUUUAUGAGCUGGGGGGGGCCAAGCAGUUCAUUUUACAUUGACGUCUAUGGCACUGGCCUUUAUGUGACUGAGUUCAGCUGCUCUGGUUUCCCUCCUACUAUGUUGCUAAUGUCAGAUUUCAGUCAGCGGUGUAAAACCAUCUUAACAUAUUAGCUCCGGACAUCCGGUCCACUAUUAAGAGCUUGGAACACUUGCCUCCUUUGGUUUAACACUAUGAAACUUCUCGUGUUGAUGUGGAACUGGAGGGGAUGGAAAUUUUCAUCUGUAAAGCGAUGACUGAUUAGUGGACUUUAGGUCUGGAGAUAAUCACAUUUCGUGCACGUUAAUCAGUGCCAUUUAUUGCUGUCGGGCGGCUAAUCAGUAAUCAGGACAAAGCUGUGAUUGUGAUCCAUGAACACACACAUGCACAUUUGGUAAUAUUAGUGGAUAAAUUGCAGCUUUUUUACCAAUGUUAACCCAUUUCAACAGAGUUUUGUAAUCUGUGUGUGCAGUCUGUCAGUGUUUGACUUCCUCAUGAGGUAAAGUUCAUCUCUCGCUGUGUGUUCUGGUGAAGGUUAUUUAACCUGAAGGACAGGACAGGAGAGUGUGUGCAUGUUUAUGCAUGAGAGAGAGAGAGAGAGAGAGAGAGAGAGAGAGACCGAGAGAGAGAGAGGUUAUAAAUCAGUACUAAACACAGUGAUAGGACCGCUGUAUGUAUUUUGAUUGUUAUCAUUGCAGCUGCACAUCAUGUUUGUUCUGUAAAGAGAAGUUUCAGUGACCAAUCGGUCGUUGGCACUGUCAGGUCAAAAGAGUAUUUAAGAACUAACUGUAACUUCAACAUGCCACCGAGGAUAAGAAGAUAUAAUAUGUGAUUUUUAAUGCAUUAAUAAUUAACCUUUGUUAAAAUGAUAAAUGUUAUGUUUACAAUAGGCUUGCUGUAAUUUCCUGUUAUUCACUCUGUAUUUAAUUUUUAUAUUACCUCAAGUGCACUCAGUAAUUUUUGCAGACUAAACUGUACAGCUGGGAAAUAUUGCUGUUGCUGUUGUAUAUAAGGACUGCCUAGAAAUGUAUAUUCAUUUUUAUUAAAAUCUUUUUGUAUCCUAAUCAAAGCUUCUGACGUCUGUGAACCAUUACAAGAAGCACUUUAAAUAAAGACGUAAUUUAUUCUA